ACUUCACCAUACCAUCGUCAACAUUUUCCACUCUUUAACCUCCAUUUCCAUAAAGGGAGAGACAUAAUGUCACGUUUGCUGCAUGGGAGGCUCGAUGUGAUCAUAUACGAGGUCGACACAUUACCAACUCUUAACGAUUGCAAUUUCAAUCUCUGCUGCAAGGGUACAAGUAGAAGUGUGGGGAAAAGAUUUCUUUCACAACUCAAGAGUUGUUUGUUAUGUCAAUGCCCAUGUCAGUCUGAGUUUACUGAGACGGGUCUCUAUGCAACAGUUGAUUUAGAUAAAGCAAGAGUUGGAAGAACUAGAUUGUUAAAUGGUCAUCCUUCCAACCCAACUUGGUACGAGACCUUUCACAUAUAUUGUGCCCAUUUGAUCUCCCAUGUUAUAUUCACUAUCAAACGAAAAGACCCAAUUGAUGCAACUCUAAUUGGAAGAGCUUAUGUCCCAGUUGAGCAAGUUGUAAAAGGCAACAUAGUGGAUACAUGGGUCCAAAUAUUAGACGAGGAUCAUAACCCCAUACCAAGUGAAUCUAAAAUCCAUGUCAAAAUGCAAUUCUUUGAUGUUAUGAAUGACGUAAAUUGGUCUCAAGGAAUAAGGAGUCCAAGGUUUCAAGGAGUUCCUCACACAUUCUUUAGUCAAAAAAAUGGUUGUAAAGUUACUUUGUACCAAGAUGCCCACGUUUCAGAUGGUUUUAUGCAUCAGAUCCGAUUAUCAAGAGGAAAACCUUAUGAGUUUAGGAAAUGUUGGGAAGAUAUUUACAACACCAUUAUGGACGCUAGGUACUUUAUUUGCAUAACUGGUUGGUCUGUGUACACGGAAAUAACCUUGAUUAGGGACCCAAGGAAGUCUAGAAUCACUCUCGGGGAACUACUCAAGAUGAAAGCUGAGGAAGGUGUUAUGGUUCUUAUGCUUGUUUGGGAUGACAGAACCUCUGUGCCAGAUUUCAAGAAAGAUGGUUUGAUGGCAACCCAUGAUCAAGAAACUGCUGAUUACUUCAGAAACACAAAGGUGAAUUGUGUUUUGUGUCCACGAAACCCGGAUGAUGGGAGAAGCAUAGUGCAAGGCUUUGAAAUUUCAACAAUGUUCACUCAUCACCAAAAGACAAUAGUUGUCGAUAGCAAAGUUGUUGGUGCUGCUAUGGGACAAUUGCAAAAGAGAACAGUAGUAAGUUUCAUUGGUGGCAUUGAUCUUUGUGAUGGGAGGUAUGAUACUCAGGAACAUCCUCUAUUUUCAACUUUGAACACAAUCCAUCAUGAUGAUUUCCACCAACCAAAUUUCCCAAGUGCUUCCAUCAAGAAAGGUGGUCCAAGAGAGCCAUGGCAUGACAUUCACUGCAAGUUAGAAGGGCCUGUUGCUUGGGAUGUUUUGUUUAAUUUUCAGCAAAGGUGGGAGAAGCAGGUUGGGAAUCAAAUCGUGUUCCCUUCAAACAUGUUUGGUGAUCACUUUGUCCCUCAAUCUACUGUGCCAACAACAGAUGAAAAUGAAGAAUGGAAUGUUCAAUUGUUUAGAUCCAUUGACGGUGGUGCUGCUUCUGGCUUCCCCCAAGACCCAGAUAAAGCGGCUGAACUAGGCCUUGUUAGUGGGAAAGAUAAUGUCAUUGACAGAAGCAUUCAAGAUGCUUAUAUAAAUGCUAUUCGGCGUGCCAAAAACUUCAUCUACAUUGAAAACCAGUAUUUCCUAGGGAGCUCAUAUGGUUGGCAAGCAUCUGAUAUUAAAGUUGAGGAUAUUGGCGCAUUGCAUCUUAUACCAAAAGAGUUGUCAUUAAAGAUUGUUAGCAAAAUUGAAUCGGGAGAAAGGUUUUCUGUGUAUGUUGUUAUACCAAUGUGGCCAGAAGGCAUACCUGAGAGUGGUUCAGUUCAAGCAAUAUUAGAUUGGCAAAGGAGAACAAUGGAGAUGAUGUAUGCUGAUAUAGCUAAAGCCAUUCGCAAAAAAGGAAUAGAAGCCAAUCCAAGGGACUACUUGACCUUCUUUUGCCUUGGAAACCGUGAGGGUAAGAAAGAUAAAGAAUACACACCUACUGAGAAACCAGAGCUUGUUAGUGAUUAUAGUAGAGCACAAAAGUCUAGGCGAUUCAUGAUCUAUGUUCAUGCCAAGAUGAUGAUAGUCGAUGAUGAAUACAUAAUAAUUGGUUCUGCCAACAUAAAUCAAAGAUCAAUGGAUGGAGCAAGAGACACUGAGAUUGCAAUGGGUGCAUUCCAACCACGUCAUGGAGCAUAUAACGAGUCACCCAGAGGGCAAAUAUAUGGAUUUCGACGAGCACUAUGGUAUGAGCACCUUGGAAAUCUUAAUGAAGCAAACAUCUUUGACUAUCCAGAAAGUGUGGAGUGCAUCAGGCUUGUGAAUCAUCUUGCUGAGAUGAACUGGGACAUAUACUCAAAGGAAACUUUUGAUGAGAAUACAACAUUUAACCACCUCAUGCGUUACCCUAUAGAAGUAACUUACAAUGGAGCCAUAACAAUCCUUCCGGGCCUUGAAUAUUUUCCUGACACUAAGGCUAGAAUUUUGGGUUCCAAAUCAGAUUACCUUCCUCCAAUUCUCACCACCUAGCUUGUAUUGUACUUAUCAAAGUCACUACCCAGCUAACCAAGUUUAAAAGUUUUAAAAGUCAAACCAUGUAAUUAAUUACUUGUUGGGAAAAGGGUAAUGACAAAUUGAUUGUACAUUCUUUUAAAUAAUUGUUAGCAUUUAUAUAAUUAAUAAAUGUAACGUUAUUUUUUCA